UUUUUCCGGUGCAUCACUUCCGCUUGCCAAACGUUUGACGCGGCCGGUUUUGCGAGGUGUCGUCUUCGUAGAGCAUGGAGUGUCUGUAUAGUUUGCCGUUUUGUGUUUUGGAAGUUCCAAAUUUGAAACUUAAAAAGCCAUCAUGGCUCCAUCAACCUUCACCAAUGGUGAUGUUUUCACUUGUGCUGUUUUCCUACUUUCUAGUGUGCGGAGGCAUCAUAUACGAUGUUAUUGUGGAACCUCCCAGUAUCGGGUCUACAGUUGAUGAACAUGGCCAUUCAAAGCCGGUUGCGUUCAUGCCAUACCGUGUCAAUGGCCAAUACAUCAUGGAGGGGUUGGCCUCCAGUUUUCUCUUCACAGUGGGAGGGCUGGGCUUUGUGAUCCUCGACCAGACACACAGUCCUAGCACCCCUCGGCUAAACCGCAUCCUCCUCAUAUGCAUGGGAUUCCUCUGCAUUGUUGUGUCAUUUUUCACUUGUUAUGUCUUCAUGCGCAUUAAAUUACCAGGAUACCUUCAGUCAUGAAAGAAUUAAACGAGGAACCAAACUGUGCCUGAAUGUGUGAGGUAACAUACAAAGGAAGAAGCAGAAAUAUGUUUAACGUCCUCACAGAGUGCUGUGGAAGGUUUACCUUUGCAUUGUGUUAAGUGAAUGUGUAAACAAAAUUAAAAAGUUGGAUAUUGA